UUGGAAUUAAUCUAGAUCUGGUUUGAUUAUUUCGAUGAUCAGGCUAUUAAUAAAUUAGCGAAAUGGACACAAGAGAGAAGGAGAGAGAGAGAGAGAGAGAGAAGUGACCAGUUACUGAGAUUCUAAAGCCAAGUGAGCUUCAAUUCUGAUCGUUAAUCAUGAACUUGAAUUUCCAAUCAUAUUCUUCAGUCUUACUUUCGAUUCAACGUAAUUAAGAUUAACCAUUUUAAUGUUGAUUUAAUUUCUUUCUAGUGUUGAAUUUUUUUCUUCUAUUCUAAACUUGUAACUGACCAUAACUGACCAAGCGAAUUGACCGAUUGGUUUGUUAAUAAGAAAAUGUAUUUACCACGUAAAUGGUUAAUCAAUUUUUCUUAUUGUUUAUUAGUUUUCUUUUUCCUACUAAUUAACUUAAUUUCUCUUGUUCAAUCAACUGAUGAUGAUAAGAUUAUCAGUUAUAAAGGAUAUUCAGUUAUCCGAGUAGUUCCAAGGACCAAGGACAGUUUCGACUAUUUAACUAACCUAACAUAUUCUAAGGAUGUAAGCUAUUGGUUGGAACCUUCGUUAAUUGCUCGUCCUGUUGAUAUAAUGAUUAGUCCCAAGAAAAAAGCUUCCGUGAUGAAAGGGUUGUUUCUCUAUGGGAUGCAACCUAAAGUCCAAAUCGAUGAUCUCGACAGGUUAAUCUCAAGGAAUAGAAAUGAAACCGAGGAAAUUUCCGAGAGAGCAGCAAAUUCUGAGGAAUAUUUCUUCAGAAAUUAUCGACGAUUAGAUGAAAUUUACAGUUAUGUUGAAGGUCUUCAGUCUCGAAACAAAGACAUAAUUAAGAUUGAAAACUUCGGUAAAACUUGGGAAGGUCGGGACAUGAAAGUGAUCAAAAUUGGUUCUAAUGUCAACUCGGUCAACGUUUCGAAGCCCGUGAUCUACAUCCAGGGUGGUAUUCAUGCGAGGGAAUGGAUCGCCCCCGCUACUGUCCUUUACAUGGCCACGACUUUAGCUAAUGAAGCGGCUGAUGAAACGGACAAGAAGUUAAUUGAGUCCUUCGAGUGGUGGCUUGUGCCCUCGGCGAAUCCCGAUGGUUAUGAAUACUCACAUACUCAUAAUCGCAAUUGGAGAAAGACAAGGUCAAAGCAAUUAGGAAUCUGUCGAGGGGUCGAUCCAAAUCGUAACUUCGGCUUUUAUUGGGGCGGUAAAGGAACAAGUAGCGAUACUUGUAGCGAUAUCUACAGAGGGUCUAAAGCUUUUUCAGAACCAGAAACCAGAGCGAUUCGAGACUUGGUUCUCGAUGCUUCGCCUCGAAUUGUUGCUUUUUUUGAUGUUCACUCGUAUUCGCAGGUUUGGCUCUACCCUUGGGGCUACGGUGAAGAUCUUCCAGAUGAUCAUCAAGAAUUGCAUCACAUGGCUAAAAUAGCGACAACCGCCUUGUCCAAAAUUCAUGGGACUCGUUAUCGAGUUGGAAGUACAACUCGUCUAUUAUAUGCUGCUGCCGGUGGAGCCGAUGAUUGGGCCAAAGGUUCAGCCAAAAUUAAAUACACUUACACAAUUGAGCUUCGAGACGAUGGUCGAUAUGGUUUCGUCCUACCGGCUCGUUACAUUAUUCCAACUGGUCAAGAGACCUGGUCAGCGAUGAAAGCGUUUGCUGAGAACCUGAAAGAUGAACUUGAUCACCCGAAGGCCGCUUCUUAAUACUUUAUUUAUACUUACGAACUCCUUCAUCUAUACCUCACUUUUUAUUAUUAAGUUUUAAAUUAUUACCAAUUUAAAUGUUUCAAAUUUUCAA